AUGGAAGGCAGCAACAGCCACAAAGAGGGCCACGACAGCUUUGACCUCCUGUUUGUGGGCAACUUUGUGCAGGACAUCAUUCACACCAUCGACCCUGAAGACCACAGCAUCAGGGAGGCGCACAAGUUGGGCGGGUCGGUGACCUACGGGCCGCUGGCGGUGGCCACCCUGGGCCGUGGCUGCCGCGUGCGUGUUGUGUGCCGCGUCGGCCAGGCCGCAGCCGCCGACCCCUUCCUCACCUCCCUCCGCACCGCCGGCACCGUCGACCUCUCUGGCGUGGAGUGGAUGGAGGGCGCCGACACGUCGUAUCUGCUCAAAUACGACAAGUCGGGCCAUCGCACGCUCUCGCUCCGGGAGAAGGGCUACCCCGUACCCCAGGACCUCGUGCUGAAGCACGUGGGUCGGCCCGACGCGAUCCUCUUCGUGCCGGUGGCCGGUGAGUUCGACGAAACGCUGGUGGUGGCGGUGGCGAAGGACCUGCGGCACAAGGGCUGCCGGCCGAUCAUCGCCAUCGACAUCCAGGGGUACCUGCGCGCCUUCGAGGGCGACCGCGUCUGCACCCGGGAGGCGGAGGAGAUGGUGGGCAAGCUGGACCGGGUGGGCCGGUACCUUACGUUCCUGAAGGCCGAGUACGGCGAGGCGCAGGCCAUCCUGGGCCUCGACCUCAGCCCCGCCGAAUGCGCCAACGGCUCGUUCCUGGCGACCAAGGCGCUGGGCGUCACCUUCGUGCCCACCUACAAGCCCGAGCGAGUGCGAGAUGAGACGGGAUGCGGGGACACGUACCUGGCGUGCACCAUCAGCGAGCUGCUCCACCUGCGCCGCAGCCAGCACCACCAACAGCAGCACCGCAAGACGCCGCUCCACUCCUCCGAAGGCGCCCUCCACACAGUCGACGACGAGUGGGGCCUCGAGGAGAUUGGGCGGAGGAUCGAGCGCGGGGAGGUGCAGGGCAAGGAGAGCAGCCGCAAGUCCGUCACCGCCUACACGCCGCCCCCCUCCGUGCGCCGACGCCAGAGCCUCGACGGCUGA